AUGGGUAACCCCAGUCGCAGCCAACGGACCCCUCUCCUUCUGGUGCAACGCUGCUCCAGCCACGCCCCUCAUCCGAGGAGGAGAAAGGCCAACAACAACGGAGUCCAGUCCUCCCGACGCAGUGGUCAAGACCGAAGAAGAGACGAAAGAGGACCAGACAGCGACAAGGAGAUAGAGGCGAAGACCGACGGCAGGAUCGUCUACCGACGCGUUGAAGCCGCUGCGGAUAAGCUGAAGCAGCCGUCAAAAUGCAAUGGGGUUUAG